AUGACCGAAAACCCGCAACCGUUGCCGACGCAGAUUGCGAUUCCUAGUCAGGCACAUGUCGUUCCUCCAGCCAUCCCCGUUCCUCAACCCGCUCCGGCGCGCAAGGUUGAGGCCGUUGAGGAGGAGCCGUACACGAUCAAGUGCAUUUGCAACUUUUCUGAUGAUGAUGGAAACACGAUAUACUGCGAGACAUGUGACACAUGGCAACACAUUGAGUGCUAUUACCCGAACCGCAAGGAAGAGGCACUUCGCGAGGACUUUUCUCACUCGUGCGCCGACUGCAAGCCGCGUCCUCUCGAUCGACAAAAAGCCAUUGAGCGCACGCGACGACUCAAGAAUGGCUCCACGCAGGAAGACGCUCAGGACAAGAAGCCUCGGCGACCCCCCUCGAAAAGCCACAAGAAGAAGCCGAAGCCAACAGACCUACAAUUGAACGGUCUCUCCGUGGGUCAAGAAAAUGGCAAACACGGAAGCCCCGGCGACCUCAACCACCCAGCCAAAAAGGCCAAGGGCUCCCAUCGCCCUUCCAAUUCUGUCAGCUCACAAGCAAACAAGCGAAGCCCGUCCGACGGCAACGUACGAUUGAAUGGGCAGCCCCCGAGUCCUGCGACGAGUCCUCCCGAGCUGCCCACCGACUUUGAGAUCCACGGUUAUUCCGAUCGCUUCGUCACGCUGUAUCGGAACGAGCCCGAGACUGACCCUCAAAGAACGCCAAGCAACUCCUUCUCAAGCCUGGCGAUAUCCAACACAAUGUCUCUCUGGCUUCGGGAACCCGACAUGAUGAGGCAAGAGACGGGUGAGUCCUACAACGACGUCUUUCAAAAGCUGCCCCCGGACAUCAGCAAAGGACAGCAGCAACUCGUCGUCCAAGACAAGCAAAUACCGUUGGCACCCGACACCGUCUUGCGAUGGAAGUAUCUCACGACUCCGGCGGCGAUAGAUAAGGACGUCCCGCUGAUCGAGCUGUGCGGUCAAAUCCUGUUCCAAAAAGACUACUGUGCUGAUCCGACCAACUUGUGGGAAGAGUUGACCUCGCCUCUUCCGUUUGUAUUCUUCCACCCCAUGCUGCCUCUGUGCAUUGACACACGAAACGAAAUGUCGCAAGCCCGCUACGUCCGCCGGAGCUGCAAGCCCAAUGCCGUCCUCGAUACCUACCUUUCCAAUACUUCCGAAUACCAUUUCUGGCUCGUCAGCGAUCGUUUCGUUGCCGCAAACGAACAGAUUACACUGCCGUGGGACUUCCGGCUGCCAAAGUUGCAGAAGGCGCGAAUGAUGCACCUCAUCGGCCUCGGCGACGACGAAGUCAAUGGUCGAGAUGAGCCAGACAUGGACGAAGCCGAGUACCAGCAGACAUCCGGUUGGCUUCACCGCGUUCUGUCCGAAUUCGGCGGUUGCGCAUGCGAUCUUGGUAGCAACUGCGCCUUUGCUCGCUUCCAUCGCCACUAUCAAGCCAGGUCACAGUCUCGAAACCAGCUGCCCAAGAAGAAGUCACGAAAGCCGAAAGUGCAUACCAUCUCUCCCACUAGUACAGGACACGCAGCAAAUAGCAGGGCAGCUAGCGAAAGCCACAACGACGACCCCGACCAAGACGGUCGAUCAACGUCAGAGCGAAGCAAGCCGCCAAGCCGAGACCGCACGCCUUUGCGUCAAGGGUCUCUCGAUCAACCCGGCAUCUUGACGGAGCCUACGGAGAGAGAAAAGCGUAAGGUACAAAUGGUCGAAGACUCUUUCCGACGCAUGGAGCAACAACCUCCUGCUCGCAAAAAGAAGAGGACAUCUGAUGGCACCAACACCAAACCGCCAAAGUCAAAGAACGCGCUCACAUCAAGCACUUCUGGCUCCAAUGGUACGAGUAGGUAUGUCGAUGCUGGAACGUCACGUAGCAAAUCGGGAUCUCCAGCGAGCGCCCACUCUACAGGAUGGCAGAACCCGUUCAAAGGCCCCACCUCCAGAACGGACUCUGUCGCCUCGAACUCACGACCGGCAUCGACCGCACCCAGGCCCAAGUAUUGCGACGCGUCUGUUCAAACCGAUCCAGUCGCCGGUGAGUGGUACAGCGAAGCAGAGCCGACACCGAAGCCUCGACGACGGAUCAUCUCUUUGUCACAACGUCUGCUCAACAACCGCCAUCGGGCGCGCUGUGAUGGGGUCGACCAGUUCAAGCGUCGGACAUCGCUCCCCGCGCCAACAACGCCAACGGCAAUGGAAAUCGACCCUCCAGUGGACCCCCGGAGGACGUCGGACUCGCCCUCCUUGCCCAAGGAAUCGGAGCACUUGCCCCCUUCGCCAACGCCGGAGGCGAAGAGCCUGGAGGAUGUUCCGAUGACAGACGCGCCCCCAACAGAUGCGGCGUCGAUUUCUCCCACGACAACAACGGCGCAGCUGCCUGAGGUCAAUGGAGUCAGCAGUCCGGUGGAGGUCAAGUCGCCGGAGUUGCGCGUCCAUCUGCCUCCAGUCCCUGCUUUUGGUGACGCCACAUCAGCCGUGGCCAAUGUCACGACGCCUCAAGUGGCCACUGACUCGCAAGCACCCUUGCUUUCCACCUCGACUGGUGCUCCGUCGAGCGCUCUGAUGCCUCCUGCUGUCAAUGGCAUCACACAUCCUAGCCCGGUCAAGAAGAAGCUGAGUCUUAGCGACUACACAAAGAGCAGGUUGAACAAGGCUGCGUCGAAACCAGAUGGUGGACCGAAGACACCCACAACGAAAGAGACAAAGGCAGGCGUCGAUGGCAUCGUCGACGCGGUUGAUACGACGAAGGCGAACGAAGCGACAGAGACGGCUCGAGUCAACGGUGUCAGUCCGACGCUCACCGCAACCGAUACACCCUUGUAA